GAUGGCGGCGAAAGACUGACGUUAGGCGCCAAGCUCCCGCAUUUUUGAACAUUUUCCACGUUUAGCUGCAACUACGCCGUGUACUCCCCGCUAUCUGAUACCGGAUCUUCUGUGGAGUUCUUGCUGUCCUUCUUGUCUGGAUGGGAAAGCGAAAUAGGACCUCUGGAAGCAGCGCGAGUGCCGAGGAAUCCAGCCCCACUCAGCGGAACCCCCCUCCCACGAAAACACCUAAGAUGGCGUCCACCGAAAAAACUGCAACUGUGAGUUUGUCUUCGCUCUCUCCAGAACUUCAAAAUCUUGCCAGUGUGAUUUUAGAACAAACCAAAAAACAACAAGAAGCUGUUGGAGAUAGGCUUUCGAGCCAAAUUCAGUGUUUGGAUGUAAAAGUAGAUGGCCUGUCUAGUGAGGUCAACGUGCUACGUGAACGUGUACGGGAGUUAGAGAAGACGGCCGAGUUCUACUCUGGCGAGUUGGAUACUCUCCGCGAUGCUCUACGCGAGGAACAGAGAGAGAGGGUGAGGGCAGUCUUAUUGACUGAAAGAUACUCUAUGAAGCCGGAUGUAAUCGUUAGAGGUUUGCCCUUCAACAAGGAGGAAGACUCUGCGCGGGUCCUGUCACGUUUCCUGGCGGAGGAGUUACACUUACCGGCCGCGGACGCUAUGCCGACCGCCGCAGUGCAUCGACUGUCCAGGCCGACUACCUCGCGUCCCAACCCGCCCUGCUCGCUACGUUUUGUCAACUUCCAGGACCGUGAUAAAGUCUUGUCUGCUGGGCGCAGGCUAAGGGGGAACUCUCGUGGAUUAGCAGUUUACGAACACCUCCCCCACCCCUACAGACGGCGCGAUCGCAGCUUGUAA